GGGGGUGAUGGCGUGCUUGCGACUCGUGAAGUGGCCGUGUCACAAUCAUGCUGUGCACAAUCAUUUAUGGCGGAGGGAUUGCGCUGCCGAACAGCACUGACGAGGAAGCUCGUUACGGCGCUAUGCAGCUGGUGGUCUCCUCUCUCUCAGCCGUCGAGUCUCGACAUAGGAUUGUUCCGCAGUCAGAUUGUGGCGGCUUUGUGCAUAGACGGAGUGAAUUCUGUGACAAACGUGGACCCUGAACGUCUGUCUGUUCAACCACCAUGUUCCGCGCUGCCUUUGUCGCUCUCGCCCUCGCGCACUCUGCUUGCGCAGUGAUCUUCUUCACUGCCCCGACCGCCGCCAUUGGCUUCACCGCUGGCCAGAACGCAACGAUCACCUGGACCGACGACGGCGUCUCGCCCACCGUUGCCGAGUUCGGUCUGGCCAAAGCCUCCAUCUCCACCGGAAACUCUGCCUCCCAAACCGCUCUCCAAGUCAUCUCUGCCAGCGUUGACACGAAAUCCAUGUCCCUAUCCUUCAUCCCUGAUGCCACCAUUGGCCCUGACGGAAACCAAUACUUCAUCCGUUUUGACUCCCUCAACCUGAAGGAUGCCAAGGACGCCUCCAUCCCCGCGCUCGCCUUCUCCCAUCAAUUCAGUCUCUCGGGCAUGUCUGGAACGUUCAACGCAGCCGUCCUGUCCCAGAUCGCUGGGCAAUCGACAGCUCCCAUCGGUGGCGGAGUCCCAACCGCCGCCGCUCCGUCGAGCUCUGCCACGGCCGCACCCGUCUUUGUUGCAUCUGCAUCUGCGUCUGCAAGCAAGGCGCCGACGUUGACCACCAGCAAGGCCGUCUCUGCCGCGUCUGCAACUGCCAGCAAGAGCGCCUCCGCGGCCCCUGUGAAGGGAUCCAGCGCAGCCGUGCCCUCCUUCGUGGCCUCCCAGCCGAGACUCUGGCUGGGCAUCGUCACAGGUGUUUUCGGAGCCGCUGUUGGCGCCGCUUUGCUGUAGAUUGAUUAUCUAUCGAUAUACAUAGCUCUCAGAUCUCAGUAAUGGCAUUAUCUCUCUGGAUCAGGCAGCUGUGAUCAACCAGCAUACGAGACUCGAGUUCGUAGGAAUCGAGUCAGUGUUCCCACAUCAUGAAAUGUACUCAAGGGCCUGGUUUCAGUGAUUGUAUGACUAUCAUCCCUCGAAGUUGUAGUUCUAGUGUCAUCGAAGUAGCCACAUGCGUUUUAGCACCACAUUGCACAUUGACAUGGACGCACUAGACGACAUAUCGUGCGGUAGAUAGUCACUACUUGGAGGAUCUCCGCUUUAGGUAGUGGUCACGGUCAAAGCUAGGAUUUGCAUCCAGAUUAGGAAGGAGCGCACUAUCUCUGUUAGCGUUCGAACUGGACGCCAAAGGAUGUUUGGCGCUUGAUCAAUCGGACCCAGUUGCAGUUCACCGCAACCGCAACCGUGCCUGAAUGACAUGUAUUUGGUCUUCUCAUGACCGUGUUUCGGGCGGAGAUCGGUCCGCGAAAGCAGUGAGGGGAUGUAUAUGAAGCCUCGAGACGGCCUAUUCCGCUCCUCGGCAUUUCGAAUUCUCGGUCACACGACGCACAACACUCCGAGGCUGGGCGUUUCGAAUUUCAGCAGCAGCUUCUUCUUCGAUUUCGGAGGCCGUCGUGUCCAGAGCAGAGCAGCGACGACUUCUUCAGAAACGCAGAUAUGCCCUAUGUGGCAGGUCUGUGCUCAGAUUAUAGAGCAUCCAAAAAGACGAUCUUGUUCGCAGGACGGCUAGGAUCAGGAACGAUAAUCAGGGCCGCAUGCAAGGUGGAUAAAUUGACAUCAGCACACAGCGAGUGGCGGAUUCUCGUGGAAAUGGUGACACGUCGAACACAGCUCCGCGCAGCAGCAGAUAAGGCUCGGGUUGCUGAAACAGUCGGCGACGAAACGCCAGCACAGUAUCAGAAUGCGACCACGCGCAGAUCACCCAUCAAAAGGCUGUUGAGAUUGCCUCGAAACGCGGCACAAAAAACCGCAAUGGACACCGACGAGAGUUUGCACGAGCGCUGGGCAGACGAAGUGUGGACGUAAAAGCGAUGGGAUGACACUGACGGGAUAAAUAUACAUGCUUGGCCGGCGGAAGGGGCGAUCUGAAUCUCUGAUCUGCCUCCGUCUCCGUCAUCGCGAUUCGCGAUUGCCAUUUCCAAAAUGCGGGGUACCCGACGCGUCCGCUGCCCGAAUCGACGUCGCCGCCGCCGUCGUCCCGGCAUGUGCACUCGGUGGCCUGCUGGUGGCCAGUGACAAGGCCCAGUACGUGACGUGACACUCGUGACGCACCACUCUCUCCGCCAGACGGUUGUUGAUUCUACGGUCCAGUCGGAAGCUACCGAGAGUCUAGCUGUGUGGGCUCUCCUUUCAGCCCUGCACAUCAAAAAAGGCCAGCUUGGACCGGGCACGACGUAAGCUUUGCUUUAUCUUCACCCAUCAUCCAUCCGCGCGUUUCCCAUGUCCAUAUACCGGCUGCGAGGCGCGUGUCUGACGCCGCCGUCCAGGAACCUGCACACGAACUCUACUACACAACGUAUUCCGAUACGAUGAACAUGACCGGGGGCGGAGGCGGCCCUUUUGCCGGCGGCAGCGGCGGUGGCAUCAAUCCCGCUAUGCUCGCGUCGUACGGUCGGCAGCAGCAGCAGCAUCAACAGCAGCAGCAACAGUUCGGAGGAGGAGCCUCGAUCAGCCCUGCCCAGCUCAUGAACGGAGGCAUGGGGAUGGGCAUGGGCGGUGGAGGGAUGGGCAUGGGUAUGGGCAUGGGCAACGCUGCUGGGAUGAUGGGCCCGUCUCAGCACUCGAUGAUGAAUAUGGCCAUGAACGGCGGUGGCGUCGGCGGGGGAAUCAGCCCUGCCGCCCUCCCAUCCCCUAUGAAUGGCGGAGGUGGCGGGGGUGGAGGAAUGAACCCUGCGUCGUUCAAUCUCAUGGGAAACUCCGGCCUAAAUCCCAGCCUCGCUCACGCGCCGCCCCAGAUGACUGGCCCCACACCGAACCAGAAUCCGAUACCGCCCCAGACGCUACAGAUUCUCGCGAACAUAGGUGUCUCGCGCGACCAGCUCGCGCAGAUGAACCCGCAGGAGCGCCAGAUGACGAUCAAGAACGCGAACGCGAUAAUGAUGCGUCAGCAGCAACAGCAACAACAGUUCGCGUCGCCCGACAUGGCGAAUGGGUUCUAUGACGGGAUGGGCAUGUCAGGGAUGCCUAGCCCCUCCUCUAUGGGCGGAGGGAUGGGCAUGGGGGCUGGUAUGGGUGGAGGGAAUAUGGGAAUGGGAGGUGGCAUGGGCGGAGGCGGCAUGGGCAUGGGAGGUAUGAACAUGGGCAUGGGCAUGAACAUGGGAAACCCAGGAAUGGGCAUGAACUCCAACAAUCCCAUGGGCAUGGGCCUAGCGGGUGGUGGGAUGGGCGUCGGGGCUCAUCCCAUCGGGAUGGGAAGUAUG